AUGAGCUGGCGUUUCAACCUCAUCAACCGGUUUGAAGACCCACCAGGAGGCAUUACCGAAGGUCCCGCGUGGAAUGGCGAGCAAGUAUUAUUCACCCAUAUCCAUGCCAGCCGAAUCUACGGGUAUAACCCCAAGUCUGGCGAGUUUUCGGUCUACCGCGAAAAUACCAAUCGCACCAACGGCCUGGCCUUCGACGCGCAGGGAAGGCUGUAUGGCUGUUGUCAGAAUGGGCGGGCGAUCGUGCGUUUCGACGCGGACGGCGGCACGACCACCAUUGCGGACAACCUGGACGGCGUACCAUUGAACACGCCGAACGACCUGGCCAUCGACGCCAAGGGCCGCAUCUGGUUCACGAAUCCCUGGAAUGCCGGCAACAUUGACCCGCCCGAAGUGGAACAGCUGGACCACCGUUCCGUGUUGUGCGCGGUACCGCAGGCGGACGGUUCCUACCGGACGGUUCGUUCCACCACCGAUACAACCAUGCCGAACGGUAUUCUGGUGUCCCCGGACGGAAACACGCUGUAUGUGGCGGAGAGCAACAGCGAUCGAAUGGACAUCGACCGGGAGCUGCGGGCCUACCCGAUCACCGGGGACGGCACGGUUGGCACGUACACCACCCUGCAUACGUUCGGCCGGGACGCCAGCCAGGUACACCGGGGCAUUGACGGCAUGUGUCUGGACGCUGACGGGAACAUCAUUGCGACGGCAGGUUGGCCUUCGGGCGGGCCGGGUCCGAUGCUCUACGUCUUUUCUCCGACCGGACGGAUCCUGGAGACCCACCCGGUCGCGGCUACCCGACCCACCAACGUGUGUUUCGGCGGCCCGGAUCUGACCGACGUGUUCGUGACCUCCACCGACGGCCACUUUUUCCACGCCAAAACCGAACGGGUCGGUUGGGCUAUUUACCCGUAA